UGCAAUUUCCCAUCCUUUUAUUUCAAUCCCAAUUCUUUUCAGCCUCUGAGGCUCUCUAACACUUUUGGUUCUUCUUUGACCUAUUUCUUUUUUUCUUACUAAUUUUGAUUCUUUGCAGGUAACUCAGAUGGGAAAAUCUUCUUCUUAUAAGAAAAAACGCUCCAAGAAUUCCUCUCAGGGUGGAACAAGGAAGAGAAAUAAGAGUACGAGUAGGAAAUAUGAUAAAUCCAAGAAGCUUCGUCAUCGUGAUGAUUCGAGAAGUUCCCUGUCAGUUUCCUGUUCUAGUUCUGAGGAUGACCAUGCAAGUAGAAGGGCUCUGUCUCGUUCUCGAAAAGAUGUGAAAGGCAGUAAGAAGAGGGCCCGAAGGUGCUCUUGUAGCCCUGAGAGUACGAAGAGGGCUCGGAGGCGCUCUUAUAGCCUUGAAAGUAGCGCGGAGUCUCCUCGUGUGAGGAAGAAGAGAAUUGGUUCAAAGAGAAAGAAUAAUGGUUCUGAGGUAGGGAGGAAGAACCGUAAGAAGAAGCAGCCCAGGAGAGAAGCUAGUGUAAGUUCCAUGAGCAGUCAUGAGAGCGAGUUUGAGAAGCGCAAGGGCAGGUCUGAAAGAAAAGACAAAGAAAAAAGGAAAUUGGACAAGGUUAAGAGUGGAACCAAAGAUAGAAGAUAUAGGUCGAGGAGUUAUUCUUCAUGCAGUCGGAGUAGUGAAGAUAACAAUGUGAUGCGUCUGAGAUCGGUUAUUGCAGUUAUGGAGGAGGAAAAUGACGGCAGAGUGUCAAAUAAGGAUGAGCACAAAGAAGAGAUUGUAUAUGAUAAUGAUGAUUAUCCUUGUUGCAGAAGCAAUGAUAGUAAUGAUGGGGGACAUAGGAGGGAGUUAGAUCAUCAGUCAAAUGUUGCAUCUGAGAAGAAAAUGAGGGUAGAGAAUGAGAAAGGAGAAGAACUUGUUGUUGAGGGACAAUACAUUGGGAGUAAUCCUAGCAGCAGUGGUGUUGGGACAAAUGAUUUUGUGAAAGGGAAAGAGACUGGGGUCUCUGGUAGUGUGAAUGGUGAUGAUUUGGAGUCCAUUUUAAGACAAAGGGCUUUGGAAAAUCUAAAAAGGUUUCGAGGAGGGCUCCAAACAAAUGCAAAUGCUCCUGCUAGUAAGAAAGAUAAGAGUGAUGGUGACAUGAAACAACCAACCACUGAAAAAGCUGAAUUAGUUCAAAUUAAGUUCCCCAAUGAAGAUAUUGCUAAAUCGGUUGGUGCAACCCAAGAACUAAAAGAAAUCAGUGUGCCUGCACUGAGGAGAGAUUCCAACUGUUAUUUGCCAGAUGAUGAAAAGACUCCGGACAGGAAGGACGGUGUCCACGAAUCUGGCUCUACCAAGCAGGAACUUGCUUGUGCACCUGAUCAGGUGGCUUGUGAUGAUAAGCAGAAUGAAAGGGUUAGUUCGGCUGUUGGUUCUGCAAUUAAUAGACCAAAGUUGGCUACACCAGCAUUGAGGCAUUAUUCAUUAAAAACCCACAUCCCUCUGAAGCAAACACCCGCUUCAGAUGAACUUCAUCAAUCAAAUUUGUUGAUGACUGAGAGUGCUUUAGUUAAGCAUUCUGUAAAAACUGCUCAAACUAUGGCCCCAAGUAGCAAUAAUAACGAAGACUUAAAAGAUGCAUGUGGUUCUGCUGCUUCUGAGUCUUCUUCUUGCAUUAAGUCUAAGCUAGCAGAGAAUGGUUCAAACAAACCUCAGGAUGUAACUACAGACAACUCACAGUUUGAGCAGAAGACAAUGACUGUGAUGCGGGGUGGUGAGAUGGUGCAGGUGAGCUACAAGGUCUAUAUUCCUAAGAAAGCCCCUGCUUUGGCUAGGAGGCAACUCAAGCGCUGACGUUAGAAUCUGCAAUUAGGGUUCUUUUCCAAGAGCUUUGCAGCCCCUGAGGAUCUCAUUUUCCAAGGAAAAGAGACAAAAAAAAAAAAGAAGAAGAACCGGCUGGCGAGAUCUUCUGCUACCUGGUUUACUUCAAACAUUGCAACUGUCGAAGCAUUUCAUUAGCUUAAAACAUAGCAUUGAAUUGUCAGGGCAUUCAUGCAACUCGCAAAACAUGUAUGGCUACUACUGCUUGAAACAAAGCUCUAGUGGUAUUCAUUAAUUCUCUGAUAAUUUCUUUUGCCGCUUCAAGAUUCGCAAAUUA